UCACAUUUCACACACCGUACUUAGCCUUGAAAUUGUCUUCUAGUGCAGAAAAAACUGUGCAAGGCUUAGCUUUAUAUUCUUAAGUCUUAGCAAACUGAUACCAGUUUGCAGGAGCCCCCGUGCAGAGAAGCAGCAAAGCCUGGGAUCUGGACACCUGAAGAAUGGUGGUAGUUUUCUUGCUGGGACUAAGCUACUUGUGCUCUCCCCUGGGAGCCUUGGUUCUGGAUUCUAACAUCAUCAAGAGUUCUGCCGAAGUACAAGACCCUCGGAAGGGUUCUUCACAGUGCUUGAAUGACAGAGACUGUGGCACCAAAAAAUUCUGCCUCAGAUCCAGAGAUGAAAAGCCAGUCUGUGCAAUGUGCCGGGGGUUGCGGAGACGAUGCCAUCGUAAUGGCAUGUGUUGCCCAGGGACUCUCUGUGUCAAUGAUGUCUGUACACUCGUUGAAGAGACGACCCCAAUCCUGGAGAGGAAUGAUGACCAGGAAGGCCUGGAUUCUAAGGGGACAACUCAGCAUCCAAUUCAAGAAAGCAAGCUCAAAAAGAAGCCCAACACUAAUAAACCUCAAGGCAGUAAAGGGCAAGAAGGAGAAAGUUGUCUACGAACUUUUGACUGCAAUCCUGGACUUUGCUGUGCUCGUCAUUUUUGGACAAAAAUUUGCAAGCCAGUCCUCCUGGAGGGGCAAGUUUGUUCUAGACGUGGCCAUAAAGAUGGUACUCAAGCUCCAGAAAUUUUCCAGCGCUGUGACUGUGGUCCUGGACUGUUUUGCCGAAGUCAAAGUACUGGGUCUCGACAACACUCUCGUUUAAGAGUCUGCCAGAAAAUCUAGUCUCCAAAUACUUCAGAAUAAUCUUGUGGAAACACAAAAAAACUGAUUCCUAAAGCCUUUAAUAUAGACAUUUCUUGUAAUAGGAUCACGCACCAUUUGAAGUAAUUUAAAGCUAGACUAACUGUGAUACUUUGGAAUAACUACUGUAAACCAUGGUGGAAAAGGAGCAGAUUCUUUGCCUAUCUAUGUUCUUCAAUGUAUAUGAAAACUGAGGUCCCUGAAAACAAAGAAAAUGUAGUUUUAAAUUAGUGACUCAAUGAAUAACAAACCUUUAAGUGGUUUCUCGACAGAUACGGAAGAAAAGUGAAGGAGUCCAAAGGCAAGAUUAUUAAUUCCUGCAGACUAACAGUGAAAAUAGUUCCUGUAUAUAUUGGUAAACCAAAUAACUGCUGUUUUGAUACUGAUUUCUCAUCCGUUAAGGCACAAAUGCCAUAUCAUCAUGCAUAGGUGAAACUAUUUGAUAGUUUAAAUUAAAUGCAGUAUUAGAAAAAAGGUUUUACUAAGCAGAUGACUUAUUUUUAUGUGUAAUGGAACUAUAACUCCCAAGGAAUUCUAGAACUGGAAAUACACAUUUCACUUCUAAAAACCUGCCGUUUGUACUUAUGAUAUUUAUUCAUAACACUUGAAUAUAAGGCCAAGAAAAAGGGAAGACAUAGCUUAAUCCUUGUAAAACAUAAGCAAAUGAACUAUUUUUGAUUUAGAAACAAACUUAUAAUUGCUAGUUCCUUUUCAAGGGAAAUUGCAGCUGUUUAAGUUAUAAGUAUUAGUCCCAAAUAAAAUAUUGGAUCAAUAGAGGAGUGAAAUGGAUUUAUGAAAAUCUAAUUUCUAGACAAAUAAGCCAUUUUUUCCCCUGAAGCCUACGCACAACGUAUCUGGUGGAAGUACAAUUGGGGCCUAGGAAAAAGCACUGAGAAAUCCUUUUUAAGUGGGGUAAAAAGUGGCAAAUCUGUAGCCUAAUUGGGGUUCUUUCUCUCUCUUUAUGACAUUUGUCUUAAAUACUUAAUAAAUAAAAAAUAA